AUGUCAGUGCGAACGAAAGUGUUGUCUGUGGAAAACAUGAAUCCUCACAUCAAGAAAAUGGAAUAUGCAGUUCGUGGUCCGAUUGUUAUUCGAGCAGGGGAAAUAGAAGCAGAAUUGCAAAAGGGAGAGAAGAAACCAUUCCCUGAUGUUAUUCGAGCCAAUAUCGGAGAUUGUCAUGCUACAGGUCAACAACCUUUGACCUUUAUUAGACAGGUGUCAGCAAUAUGUGCUUAUCCAGAGCUCUUGAAAGAUCCUAAUUUCCCACGAGAUGCUAAAGAGAGAGCACGUAGAAUCCUAGAUGGCUGUGGUGGACAUAGUAUAGGUUCAUACAGUGAUAGCUCUGGAGUAAAAGUUAUACGAGAAGAUACAGCUAAAUAUAUCACUGAUCGAGAUGGACAUCCUAGCAACUGGGAAGACAUCUUUCUUUCUACUGGUGCUAGUGAUGGUAUCAAGACUAUAAUGAAGUUAUUGAUGACUGGUGAAACAGGAAAGGGUCGAGCUGGGGUCAUGAUACCCAUACCUCAAUAUCCCCUGUAUACUGCUACUAUAGCUGAAUAUAACGCUCAUCCAAUUGGAUAUUUUCUGAAUGAAGACCGUAACUGGGCCCUGGACGUCAGUGAAUUAAAGAGGGCACUGGAAGAGGCUAAGCCACAUUGUAGACCUAAAGCUAUAGUUAUUAUCAACCCUGGAAAUCCAACUGGUCAAGUAUUAACCAAAGAGAAUAUCGAAGCUGUGAUAAAGUUUGCCAAAGAAGAGAAUUUAUUUUUGAUGGCUGAUGAGGUAUAUCAACACAAUAUUUAUGCUCAAGGAUCCAAGUUUUAUUCCUUUAAAAAAGUUUUAACUGAGAUGGGGUCAAAGUACAAUGACCUUGAACUGGCUUCCUUCAUGUCAACUUCUAAAGGUUACAUGGGAGAAUGUGGAUUCCGAGGUGGAUAUUGUGAGGUCAUCAACCUUGACCCUGAUGUCAAGGCCAUGUUAUUAAAAUCAAUUUCUGCUAAAUUAUGUUCUUCCAUAGCUGGGCAGGCAGUAAUGGAUGUUGUAGUCAAUCCACCUAAACAAGGAGAGCCUUCGUAUGAUCUUUUUGAAAAGGAGAAAUGGAUGGUAUUAGGUCAGUUAGCAGAGAAAGCUAAAAUGGUGACAGAAACAUUUAAUACUAUAGAAGGAAUAUCUUGUAAUGAAGUCCAAGGAGCCAUGUAUGCAUUCCCUCAAAUUAAACUUCCCAAAAAACUUCUUGAAGCUGCCAAGGCUAAAGGUCAGUCCCCGGAUGCAUUCUACUGUUUUAAUCUACUAGAAGAAACUGGUAUUUGUGUGGUACCUGGUAGUGGAUUUGGUCAGGUUGAGGGCACAUACCAUUUUAGAACAACUAUAUUACCUCCAGUUCAGAAACUAGGAGAAAUGUUGGCCAGAUUCCGAGAUUUUCACCUUCAGUUUAUGGAGAAAUACCAGUGA